UAUAUAAAAACAUCAGAGAUUUACGCGGUGCAAUCUCAAUGAAACAGUAGCGAGUAAACGCUUUAUCUUAAUUAAAAUAAACAAAACAAUACAAUAAAAAUAAAAUAAAAAAUAAAGUCAAGUCACCGUCAAAGCCAAAUCCGCUUACCGCGUUCACACCUUCACGCGCUUCCUUUCUUCGUCGUCCUUUUGCUUCUUCUCUGUAUAUUUUUCACGAACGCAGACAAACAAACCUUUUUUUAUAAAUCGUCUGAAACCAAACUCGAAACAAUUUAAACUCAAUCUUUGUCUUCCAACUUCAAACACUAAAAGCUUUUGAUUUCACAUCUAAUCUUAUUAUCUUAAAACAAGUCAAACACUUUUCAAACCAAAAAAAAAUCCGUCAAACAGCUGAAAAAUUAAAUAUAAAUUUUCAUUUUUUCUUCCCUUUAAUGGAAAUCUCUGCUUUCCCAUUUCCAUACCUACAAGACGACGAGUGUUCCCAUUUCCUCGGUCUAUUUCAAGACAUGGACUCUUCUCCUUUCGGGUUAGAAGGUUUUGGUAACAACGACCACACUAGUAAUCCCAAGAAACGCCAAAGGAAGGACGACGAAGGCGAAGAAGGAGGAGGAGGAGCUGUGAAUGGUGGUGUUAAUAGUAAGGCUGCGUUCGGAGAUAUACUCGCCACGAUUCUCUUGCUAGACGAGGAAGCUAAACAGCAAUCAGAGCAGUGGGAUUUUGAAUCUAAUCAGGACAAGUCUCUUCUUGAAGCUAAUCACAAUAAGAAAGUUAAAACAAUGGAUGGUUAUUACAACCAGUUACAAGGUCAUUACUCUGCUCCUGGUGAACCCGACGGUGCUGCCCGUUCUAAACGCGCACGUAAAACCGCUGUUGCCGCUGCUGUUUCCGCUGUAGCUGACACGACCGUUACGGCUGCUCCUGUUCCGGCCGCAGAUGUAGCGAGCGGCUCCGGGUCAGGUCCGAGUCAUAGGAGAUUGUGGGUUAAGGAACGGACUACGGACUGGUGGGACAGAGUGAGCCGGCCUGAUUUUCCGGAGGACGAGUUCCGGCGAGAGUUUCGGAUGAGCAAAUCGACGUUUAAUCUAAUAUGCGAGGAGCUAGACACGACGGUGACGAAGAAAAACACGAUGCUUAGAGACGCGAUCCCUGCUCCAAAACGCGUCGGCGUUUGCGUUUGGCGUUUAGCUACGGGAGCUCCACUUCGCCACGUGUCCGAGCGUUUCGGUCUGGGAAUCUCGACUUGCCACAAGCUGGUCAUCGAAGUCUGCCGCGCGAUCUACGACGUCCUUAUGCCCAAGUAUCUCCGGUGGCCGUCGGAUUCGGAGAUCAACUCCACGAAAUCUAAAUUCGAAUCUAUCCACAAAAUACCAAACGUCGUCGGAUCAAUCUACACCACGCAUAUCCCGAUCAUCGCUCCGAAGGUACACGUGGCGGCGUAUUUCAACAAGAGGCACACAGAGAGGAACCAGAAGACGUCGUACUCGAUAACCGUACAAGGAGUGGUCAACGCCGACGGGAUCUUCACCGACGUCUGCAUCGGAAACCCGGGAUCUCUGACGGACGAUCAGAUCCUGGAGAAAUCUUCGCUUUCACGGCAGCGAGCGGCGCGUGGGAUGCUACGAGACAGCUGGAUCGUCGGAAACUCGGGGUUCCCGUUGACCGACUGGCUUCUUGUGCCGUACGCUAGACAGAAUCUGACGUGGACGCAGCACGCGUUCAACGAGAGCAUCGGAGAGAUUCAGGGGAUUGCGACGGAGGCGUUUGAAAGGCUCAAAGGACGGUGGGCUUGUUUGCAGAAACGGACGGAGGUGAAGCUUCAAGAUCUGCCCUACGUUCUUGGAGCUUGCUGUGUGUUGCAUAACAUCUGUGAGAUGAGGAACGAGGAGAUGUCGCCAAGGCUGAAGUUCGAGGUGUUCGAUGACGUGGCGGUGCCGGAGAAUAAUAUACGAUCAGCGAGUGCGGUUAACACGAGGGAUCAUAUCUCUCACAAUCUCUUGCAUCGUGGACUCGCCGGCACAAGAACUCUCUAGACUCUGUUUUGGAAACUGAUUCAUUUUAUUAUUGCAAAUUCUUUUUUCGAAACUAGGAAUAAAAACAUUUUAGAGAUUUGGAUACAGAAGCAUAGAGGAAUUUGAGUUUAGAAUUGGCAGAUGAUAUUGUUUGUGUAACUUAUUAGCAUUGUGUAAUCUUUUUAGUUCAUGUAUUUUUUCUAUAUACAAUUGAAUUUGAACAACAUCAUCUAUAGAUAUAAGCUCUGUUUCUUUCAA